ACCAAGCUUGGAAUCGUCGCUUUUGUAGAUGGAAUCUCUACACCCAGUGACAUGGACGUCCUCAACUACUAGGCCUGCCAUUUACGAACAUUAGGAUUCUAAUGAUUGACUUCCAAAAAUACAAACAUCAAACGACGCAAAACAAUGCGGGUUGGUCUAUAUCACCAGGGAGGCCUCUGUGGCAGUGAGCAAAGGGAGGUCGAUCUUAAUUCUCCAUAACAAAAGUACAAAGGCAAUUCGGAGACCAAAGACAAUUUAACACCUCCUUCGCCAUGUACGCGCCCAGGCGGCGCCGUGGCGGAUAGACCAGACCGUGUCUCUCAUUAGAAAAGAUGGGACGACCUGGAAGAUAUAAAAGACAGGAGAGGAGAGGGAGGGGGUUCAAUCUGUGGCUACAAAACAACACAACCCACUCUAUAAACCAACUUCUUUGAGUGAGGUUAGCGGUGCGGUGAAGGAGUAACUUUGGCCUUGGCAGCUGUAGUCGAAUGCGUGGUGAUUUGGGAUUCUGAGUCGUUUGGAUUAAUAUUUCCAGCAUUCAACGAACGUCAAAUUUGGGAAGUUAUGCACAGCAAUACGUUAACCGAAGGCCGAGAAUCACCGGCUGCUUCACACGCCAAUCCAGACAGUGACCAGGGGGAAGAGGACACAAGCCCUCGCAGCGCUCUUUUCAGUGGAGUAGAUCAGAGUCGGAGGCACCGGACUGCCUUCACGCGAGAGCAACUCUCCCGCCUGGAGCAGGAGUACUGCAAGGAGAGCUACGUAUCUCGGCCAAGGAGAUGCGAGCUGGCGGCAGCUCUCAACCUUCCGGAGACAACCAUUAAGGUUUGGUUCCAGAACCGACGCAUGAAAGACAAGAGGCAGAGACACAGUCUGAGCUGGCCUCACCCUCUGGACCCCAACCUCUGUGCUCUCAUGGUGAGCCAGGCCAGUGCCGGCCUGCCCUACUCCCUACUCCCACACCUCCCGCUGCCCCUCUACCCACACUUGGGGCUGGCGCCCACCGCCUCCCCGCUGCCAAGCCCCUUCGCCCCUCCUCUCAGGCACCUGGACCCCCUCCGGCUCUCCCAGUCCCCCUACUCCAGACUUGGAGGGCUGCCACCAACGACCCUCUAUACCCCCACCCACGCAAUGCACCACCCCACCGCCUGCCCCUGUCCCCACUGUCUGCACUGGGGAGCAGACCAACUCUUCAAGGUCCGAGGGGUAACUCCUCUGGGCUUGACACCAGCCAGCAGCCCCAAAGCUUCAGUGGUGACUAUGGACCAUAGGGAAGAGGUGCCUAUGCCCAGAUGAUGAAUAAUCAGAGGGUGAGCAUCUCUGUCUUUUGCAACGCACAAUCAUUUAGGACAGAGAGGUCAUUUGUGAAGGAGAGCAUGCAAAUCUGGAAUGUCUAUACUACAAUGUUACACUUCUGUUUUGUGUGCUUGCUACAUUCUCUGCAGGCUGAGAAUCAAUACUACAGGAAUUAUUUAAGAUUUGAAUAUAGACACUACAGACAUAGCACAAUCAAGCCAACCAUGGGACGUACCAUUUGGUAGCAAUAUCUCUCAAUACACUGGUUUUGUCUGUACUGAGGGUUGUUUAUUUGUUUACAAAGUGAAACUGAAUCGGUCAAAUUAGCUGCAUUAAUACUGACAUUAGGAAGGUAUGUAGCAUGUGCCUACAUAGAAAUACUUGAGAAAGUUCCUUGGUUGCUCUGCAAAAUUCUAUCUUAAAGAUUAUUUUAUUAUGCCUGCACCAAAUGUGUAUUUUCAAAUGUG